UUUUUUUGAAAACUCAGCCGCAACAUUCUGCUUGGUCUUCCUCACAGACAGAAAGACCUACACUGGCAGCUAAGGCAACUUAAACAUCUGCUCCUUAUAGAAACCUCUUGAACUGCCCCCUUUUUUAUUCCCCUCCUACUUUCUUCCUUUCUCUCUCACCCUCACUCUCUCUCUCUAGCUUUCUCUCUCUUUAUAAACUCCCUCUCUCACACUUUUCUUGGCUGCUGCUUUAAAACAAGAUCCUAAAAGCACAGAUCCAUUGCUUCUUCACCAUUCCCCCCUCCACCUUCCCCCUGGCCACUUGAAAUCAGGUUUAUAGUUACUGGCUACAACUAAACUGCUGCAAAGCCUGAAAGGUUUGCCUGGAACAAGGAGAGGAUUCUAUUUUUUUCACUUAACAGGCAAGAGUGAAGGAAAACCUGGAAAGAAGAAUUGGGAAGGAGAGGAAUAAAAAAACACCGCUUUCAGGAAGGAAAACACCAGUUUAUUUCAGUUUCAGGAGAAGAUAUAUUUAUAAACGUUUGCGGGGUGUGAGUGUUGCCUGCAUACAUGGCUUACAACAGGUGGGGGAUCGUGCUCUGUGCAUUUGUUCUCCUAUCUUGUGUGGCUGCUAAUGUUGAGAGAGUUAGGAAGAUCACUUAUGUGGUUCACCCUGGACCUCCUGGUACCUACCAGCACUCUGUGCCCCUGGGCAACCGCAACACAGUGAUCAGCAGCAGGCAGCAGAGCACCAGCUACGGGAGCACCCAGGAGAGGACCCGCAGGAUGAGCAGAGUCAGCGGCAACCCUUCUGCCGUCCACCAACAGCAGCCCCAACACAUUGCGGGCCAGACUGGACAGGCUGUGGGCAAAAUGACCAGGCACUACUUCUCCAGCAGCAGUCUGCAGCACGACCCUCAGAGGAACCCUACUUUUCAGCAGUUGCAGCACAAACUCCAGCUACAGGGGGUUAAUGUCUGUGGGGGCAAGUGCUGUCAUGGCUGGAGCAAAUCGUCUGGAUCUGAACGAUGUACCAAACCAAACUGUAGUCCACCAUGUCAAAAUGGAGGAAUGUGCCUACGACCUCAUUUGUGUGUAUGCAAGCCAGGUACCAAAGGCAAAGUCUGUGAAGAAAGUGCAACGCAAGACACAUCAUCGACUGUAAAUGGAGGUUAUGAUCAGGGACUUCCUGCACCACCCUCGCGGCCAAUCCCUCAGCAAGCUUCUCCAAAGACCUAUCCAAAAAAAGCACAAGGAUCUCCAGAAUCAAGUCCAGUGGGACAAGUGACAUUAGCACUGAAACAGAAGCCACACAUAGGCAUAUCUCAACCAUCUCAGCCACAGAUGAUUCUACCACAGACACUAUCGAUGAACCUGCAGCAUGGUCAGACUCAACAAUUCAUGAUAAAGCCCAAAUAUUACUCUAAGUCCAAAAAUUCACAUUUGGGUGAACAAUCCACAGAGGGGUCUUUACCACUCAGAGCAAACUUGGAUCACCUGGCAUCCUCUUUUCAUUUGGGAAACCAGACAGGGCGCAUCAAGGUGGUCUUCACGCCUAGCAUUUGCAAAGUGACCUGCACCAAGGGACAUUGUCAGAACAGCUGUGAGAAAGGAAACACCACCACGCUUAUUAGUGAGAACGGACAUGCUGCUGAUACGCUCACAUCCAGUAACUUCAGAGUAGUGAUUUGUCACCUUCCUUGUAUCAAUGGAGGACAGUGCACUGCUCGGGAUAAAUGUCAUUGUCCCCCUAAUUUUACUGGCAAGCUGUGCCAAAUCCCGGUACAUAAUGGUAACCAGCAGAAGCAGUAUCCACAUCAACAGCAUUCACUAAAGACUGUAGGUUCACAUGUUAUUCAUUCUACACACACUUUGCCCCUAACUGUUACAGGACAACAAGGAAUUAAAGUUAAUUUUCCUCCCAAUUUGGUAAAUAUCCAUGUCAAGCAUCCACCAGAAGCUUCUGUACAGUUUCAUCAAGUUUCUAGAGUUGAGAGCUCCUCUUCUCAGAAGAAGGAGAGCCAGAUUGGUCAAACACAGAUUUCUUACCAUGGCAUCCAAAAACAUCAACCGUACAUCAUAUAUCCACACCAACAGACCAUACCCAAUGUGUAUCCAGUAUCUGCAAAAUCACAGCUUGGACGUUGCUUCCAAGAAACCACAGGCUCACAGUGUGGCAAACUACUACCAGGUCUCCACAAGCAAGAUGACUGUUGUGGUACAGUUGGCUCUUCAUGGGGCUUGAACAAAUGUAUGAAAUGUCCAAAGAAAAUACACUAUCCUGGAUAUUCUCAAUAUAUGGAUUGUCCUCAAGGCUACAAAAAAAUAAAUGACACAUUCUGCCAAGAUAUUAAUGAAUGUCGUAUGCAAAAUGCAUGUCCCAAUGGAGAAUGCCUGAACACCAUUGGAAGCUAUAGAUGCACGUGCAAACCAGGGUUUGUGCCAGAUCCCACAUUAUCUGCAUGUAUAGCUGAAAUUCCUUUGUCUGAGGAGAAAGGCCCUUGUUACCGACUGGUCAAUACAGGAAAGCAGUGCAUGCAUCCUCUGUCUGUUCAGCUUACCAGGCAGCUCUGCUGUUGCAGUGUGGGCAAAGCAUGGGGACCGCAUUGUGAAAAGUGCCCUGUUCUUGGAACAGUGGCUUUUAAAGAAAUCUGCCCUGGUGGAAUGGGCUACACAAUGCCUGUGGUAAGAGUUCCACCACCUGCAAGAACAUACACCAUGCAGCCUCCAGUGAGGACAACCCGUCCACCAGUUAUAACCAAGGAGGAACCAAUUGAAGCAUUAUCUGUGUCCGAGAAAAAUGACCCAGAUUCCACUGCAACUUCUGAACAGGAGCUUGUGCCAAAAAGAGAAAAACCUGAUGUGGAUCGUAGACAACCUCAGCAUUCACCCGAAAUUUCCACCAUUAACCUACAUCCGCAGUUCCCAGUUGUAAUUGAAAAAUCGUCUCCACCUGUUCCUGUUGCAAUUGCCCCAGAUGUUUCCACAUCCAGUGCAAGUCAAGUGAUUGCUCCUACUCAAGUAACAGAGAUUAAUGAAUGUACAGUGGAUCCUGAUAUCUGUGGAGAAGGGCAGUGUGUUAAUCUUCCUGAAGGAUACACUUGUAUCUGCUUCACGGGAUUCACACUAAAUGAGGAGAGGACCAAAUGUGUAGACAUUGAUGAAUGUACGCAGGUUCCUUACCUCUGCUCACAUGGCCGCUGUGAAAAUAAUAUGGGAAGUUUUCUCUGUAUUUGCCAUGCUGGUUAUAUGGCUAAUGAACAGGGAACAAAUUGCAUUGAUGUAAAUGAGUGCCUGCAGCCAAACAUAUGUGAGAACGGACUUUGCAUAAACACCGCUGGCUCCUACCGCUGUGAAUAUUGUGCAACUGGAUACCGAAUAAAUAGUGUGGGUCGUUGUGAAGAUAUUGAUGAAUGUCUUUCUCCAAGCACAUGUCCAGAUGACAAAUGUGUUAACAGUCCAGGCACUUAUUCCUGUGUUCCUUGUGAAGAAGGAUAUAGUGGAUUCAAUGGGCAAUGCUAUGAUAUUAAUGAGUGCCAGGACGAUGCAUCAGUGUGUGCUAAUGGUGAUUGCUCCAACCUUGAGGGAUCUUACAGGUGUUUAUGUCGAAAGGGAUAUAAACCAACCUCUGAUGGAAAGCAGUGUAUAGAUAUAGAUGAAUGCCAAGCUGGCAAUUUAUGUUUGAAUGGCCAUUGCCAAAACAUUGAAGGUUCUUUCAUGUGCUCCUGCAACCAGGGAUACCAACUUUCAGUAUCUAAGGAGCAAUGUGAUGAUAUUGAUGAAUGCCAAAACAGGAGUUUGUGCGGUCACGGUCAGUGCAGGAAUACACAGGGACAUUUUACAUGUGUAUGCAAUCAAGGAUAUAAGCUAUCUUCUGCUGGAGAUCAAUGUGAAGACAUAGAUGAGUGCCAAGAGGAGAAUGAAGCUUGCCAAGGAGGAGGAGUCUGCCACAAUAUGGAGGGGUCUUUUGAAUGUUCCUGUCCAGAUGGUUUCAAACUUGUAGAUGAAAGAAGAUGUCAAGAUAUUAACGAGUGUGAACAGACAGCGUUGUGCUCUCCCAAUGGAGAAUGCCUUAACACACCUGGCUCUUUCCACUGCGUCUGUGAACAAGGUUUUGCCUCUUCAAUCAAUCAGAGUUCAUGUGAAGAUGUUGAUGAGUGUAUUAACUCCAUUCAGUGUGGAAGUCAAGGAUUUUGUGAAAAUACAGAUGGCUCCUAUCGUUGCCUCUGUUACCAGGGGUAUCAGGACUCUUUGGAUGGGCAAGGGUGUGUGGAUGUGAAUGAAUGUGAAAUGCUCAGCGGAGUUUGUGGUGAAGCCCGCUGCGAAAAUGUGGAAGGUUCUUUCCUUUGUUUGUGUUCUGAUGAUGACACUCAGGAAUACGAUCCAAUGACAGGAGUAUGCCGAUUCCGAGACAUAGAUUCACAAUACGAGGAGGAAAAGAAGGAAUGUUACUACAACCUCAAUGAUGUCAACUUUUGUGGUAAUGUCCUGGCUGUUAACGUUAGCAAACAGGAGUGCUGCUGUACAUUAGGAGCUGGAUGGGGAGACAACUGUGAGAUAUUCCCAUGUCCUGUCAUUGAGUCUGAUGAGUAUCUAGAAAUGUGCCCCAAAGGAAAAGGCUACAUCCCAUCACAGGAGAUCAUGUAUGAUGGCAAUGGUUUAAUAUAUCAAGAUGCUGAUGAAUGUUUGUUGUUUGGGAAGGAAAUUUGCAAGAAUGGCUUCUGCUUAAAUACUGAAUCAAAUUACGAGUGUUAUUGCAAACAAGGCACAUAUUAUGACCCUGUGAAAUUUCAGUGUAUAGAUAACGAUGAAUGUCAAGAUCCAUCCAGUUGUAUUAAUGGAGAAUGUGUGAACACAGAUGGUUCUUACAGUUGUUUCUGCACACGCCCAAUGGUUUUGGAUUCAACUGGGAAACGGUGUACAAGACCACUGGAUGCAGUUGAACCAACAGAAGAAGCUGAUGUUUUCCAAGAUCUGUGUUGGCAAGAUCUAAAUGAAGACUUUGUGUGCAGCCGACCUUUGGUAGGAAAGCAGACAACCUACACAGAAUGCUGCUGCUUACAUGGAGAAGCAUGGGGAAUGCAAUGUGCUCUGUGCCCUAUGAAAGACUCAGAGGACUAUGCUCAACUUUGCAACAUUCCUGUGCAAAGAUACAGACAGCCUUAUGGAGAAGAUGGACUUGACUUUUCAGAACACUAUAUUCCACCAGAAGAUCCAUAUAUUAUUCAGGAGGGUGUUGAAUUGAGAAAGUAUGAAGAGCUGCAGGCAGAGGAGUGUGGCAUCUUAAACGGAUGUGAAAAUGGAAGAUGUGUACGUGUCCAAGAAGGAUACACUUGUGACUGUUUUGACGGAUUUCACUUGAACAUGAUGAAAAUGACCUGUGUUGAUGUCAAUGAGUGCAAUGAAUUGAACAACAGGAUGUCUCUAUGCAAGAACGCUAAGUGUAUUAAUACAGAAGGGUCCUAUAAAUGUGUCUGUCUGCCAGGAUACAUACCAUCAGAUAAACCCAACUACUGUACAGCGCUCAACUCAGAGAAAGACCACAGUGAACUGGAAUAAAAUGGAAUUAUUCCGAUGUCUUAGCCCAUAUACUCUGCACUGUAUGAAAUAUAAAAAAAAGCAAUAAAUAAAGAAGCUAUGUGUGUUGUCUGAGAAGAAGAUGGAAAAGAACUGCAAAUGAUGGUAGAAAAUAGCAUUAACUGUAGUAUCUGGAAGUGGAACUUCGUAGUUGACUUUCUAUACAUCAACUUCAAUAAAAUUACAGACCAAAUGGACACAUUUUCUUGGAUGAAACCACCAAGUAUAUAGUCUGAUCAUAAAUAAACGUGUUGGAAGAUAGAGCAUUGUUAUGUUAAACCUGUUAUUAUUUUGUAUCUAUUGCUUUAUUAACUUGGCAUUUUAAUAGUGGCGGGAGCAUUUUAUUACACUUUUUUUGACGAUGCAGCACAUUGAAAUACUGUGUAAAUUCUACCGAGGUGAAAGCUAUUUUUUUCCUUUUUCUUUUUUUGGUCACUUUUCUCACUUUUUUUUGCAAAUGUUUUGUAGGGCAAAUUUUCUAAGAACACUUUCACAUGAUUAUGCUAUUUGUCUGGAAAUAUUGUUCAGUGACUUUUAUAAAAUCUUGUUUGCCCUGUGGAGCAGACAUCUUUUUGUUCUAACUUUUUGUACAUCUUGGCUGGAAAUAUGUAUUUUUUUCCCCCUCUGUCUUUGCCUCUUACUGCACUUAAAUUCUUUAGAGGAUUUCUUGCCAAGUUUGAAAGCUGCUAGAAAAUCAUUGCAUCCCUUUAUAUACGUUAAAUUAGAUACCUAAGUUUCCCAGUUCACAUUUUAUUGUGUAAAUUGAAUAUUAAAAAGUAAUAUUUGAGAUUCUCUGAUGCGGUGUAUUAAACCUCAAAAAAGUAUUUAUUUUUUUCUUUCUAAAUAUAUAUGUAUGUGCAUAUCAAUACAUAUAUACAUACACACAAUUAUAUAUUUAUGCAUAUGUAUGUAUGUAUGUAUCUACAUUUGUAUUUAUUCAUACACAUACAUAUUAUUCAGUUGGCUUUAUUAGACAUGGUAGCAUGUGAAACCCAUGAGUAUAUAUGUGCUUGUGGAUGUGUAUAUGUGUGCACAUAGAUACAUACACACACACACACACACACAAACAAGUUAAAGUGAAUAACACAUUUUAUCUUGAAAUCAUACAUAAUCCAAUAGUCAACAUAUCAUUCUGUUAACUGACUUUUUCCACAUAUGACCAAUGAAUAAUACAUACACUUAAAUACACAGUGACACCGAGAUCAGGUGCAAAAGCCCAUAUACUGCAAAAUGAAAGUGCAUUGGCUAAAAAUAGUAGCCCAGGUACUAGACGCCAGACCAAACAAAUCUUUUUAGGAAAGCAAACCUUCCAGUUUAAAUUAGAAUGUUUUUUAAUCAUGCUAUGUAGAAAAAUGACAUAUAUAUUGGUGAUUGUUAAUGUGUUUGUGUUUGUGUGUGUGUGCAUAAAUAUAUUUGAUAGAUACACAUACCCACGUGUACAUUACUCAUGACACCAGUGGUUUCUAUAAAAAAAAAAAAAAAAAUUGUAUGUUUUCCAUACCUUGCCAUUACUGUUUUUUUGUAAAUGUGAAUUUGCAAUUUGAUUACACAUUUAAACAAUAUUUAAAAUUUUCUCAUCAUAUCUGUCACUGUAACUGUGGAAUGUCUGACCUGUGUUGCUAAAAUCAUGGGUUAUGGCAAAAAUGCUAACUUCCCUUAUUACAUAAGACCAAAUAAAGACCAGAAACAUUGUGGAUUUUAAUUAAA